UAAAAAAAGAAGACACGCCACACGGUGUGUUGACUUCACAUAUUCAAAGACUUGAGCUCUCUAUUAGUAAACCCCAUUGCUCUUCUCUUCUCAUCUCAUCCAUAACCAAAAACUCACUCAAUCCUUCUACUUUCUCAACCAUCAUGACACACCCUAUACUAUUUAGCAGUGGAAUCGAGCUAUCACCAUUGGUCAUAAGCUCUGGUCUUCUUCUUAGAUCCUGGGAUGUUAUAGCAUCUCGUCAUGACAACAUCGUUUCUGAUGAGGGACUGGGACUGUCAUGGAAACUUUACAAACAACCGGGUACUGAUGUGGUGAUUCUAGCGUUUGAGGCCUCAUCAGAUUCUUCUUCCAAACUUCAACCUGAUUUGGUUCCAUAUUCUGAUUUGCUUCUCUCUACCAAGAGCAAUCCAGAAUUCUCUGUUAAUAACACUGCAGUUACCCUUUUCUAUGAAAAUCAUCAGAAGCUUGCUCAGUUGUUGAAAUCUGAGAUUAACCUUUCCAACCAAUCCAAUACCAAAUUGAUUGUUACUGGACAUGGUCUUGGAGGAUCAGUUGCUUCUCUAUUCACUAUAUCACUACUAGACAACGUUGGUUCAGGAAAGAAGCGCCCACUCUGCAUCACCUUUGGCUCACCCCUUGUUGGUGACAAGAAAUUACAACAAGCCAUAUCCCGUAGUGCUCAUUGGAAUUCUUGCUUUCUGCAUGUUGUGUCGCACAAAGACCCGCUUCCAAGGCUCUUCAUUGCAAAUUCCUACAUGCCUUUUGGAACAUUUCUCUUCUGUUCUGAUAAAAGUUCUACUUGUUUUGAGAACCCUGACUCUAGUUUGGAAAUUCUCGUGCAAUUGGGCUCAAUCAAUGCUCAAAGUCAAGGAAAUCAAUCUUCUGAGUACGGAAAUAUAAUUGAAAAUCUCAAACCAAUUUGCAAGGAUUUGACUACUCGGGCUGAAGACAAGUUUCAACCAGAUUCACUACUUGCUUGUAUCAGUUUGCAGUUGCAGGCACUAGGAUUGACACCACAAAUUCAGCAGCAGCAGCAACAGAACAUUGAUAUCAAUGCUCUGGAAGCAAAGAUGAAAAAACUAGAAGAAAAGCUUAUUGUCCAAAGGAGGAUAAUAUUUGAUCCUUCCAAGAAAUUGAAUCAAAUGAAGGGACACAUGGCUCAACUUGAAUGGUACAAGAAGGAAACUAAAGAUGAGGGGAAAGGGUACUAUGACAGCUACAAGAACAUGUACUACCAAAGGGACCAUGAUGUUGUAGAGCUGCACAAAAAGCUAACCAUUUACUGGGAAAAGAUGGUUGAAGAAGCAAAGUUGAAGCCUCAGAGAGAAGGCUCCGCUUUUCGUACCCGUUAUCUCUAUGGUGGAACUACCUACAGGAGAAUGGUUGAACCAUUAGCUAUUUCUCAGUACUAUAAAGACGGGGGUGAUGACUAUAUGAAGAAGAAAAGGUCUAAGCACUUUGAACUGUUGGAGGAGUGGUUGAACGAAGCAGGUGAUAAAGAUAAAAAGAAUUUGCAGAGUACAAGUAAGAAAAAUGUGCAAGCUAUAUUAACCAUAGAUUCUUGCUUUUGGGCACAUGUUGAAGAAGCUCUCCUCUCAUGCAAAGAGUUGAAGGCUGGCAAAGAGAAAGAAGAGGCAGUGAAGAAAUUGCUUAAAUUUGAGGACUAUAUUUAUGGGGUGCUUAAGAAUUAUGAAGUGUCCCCUGAGAUUUUCUUGGAGCAAAGCAGCUUUAUGCGUUGGUGGAUUGAGUAUAAAGGAAUUAAGGGAACUUCAUAUAGUUCACCACUCGCCAGCUUCAUGAACGAUGUUGGCAAGCGUAAGGGGUAUAUUCAGGGAACUUAUGAUUUCCCCUGAAGCAUAACAACUAUAUAAUAAAGUGUGUAUCUCAGUGUAAUAGGUAACUGUAAUAAAAGUGUGUCUAUGUGUAAUAGAUUAGGUUUGCAUUGCGAAGCUAAUAACUCUUGUAUUUGAAAGCCUUAUUAUUCCAAGUGGUUUAGUUUUUUUUC